CCCCCCCGCGAAGCCGAGGCGACGGGCGAAGAUGGCCGUCUGACAAAACAUUCCAGGCAUAGCAGGCGAUCAACGACAUCGUGUCGCCUUCGUACGGGUAUGUUGCGCGACGGCGGCCGCGGAGCAACGUCAUCCUGACCGAGAUCUCUCGUCGUACGAGUGGCGCAACGACGUCGGCGCGAGCGACGGGCCAGAGAGCGCGAACGAGAGAGAGAGAGCGCGCGGAAGGUGCGCGGCCGUCCGCGCGGUGCACCAUUUGCCAGUUCGUCUGUGGGGGAAGAGGAAAAAAAAGUAAUAGGUGGUGCGCUGACGUCCCGCUGGUGAUCGCGAGGGCGAUCGGAUUCACGGAUUGCUUUCACGGCGACGUGUGAUCGUGAAACGAUCGCGAACCGAUCCCGCGACGUGUCGCUCGACAACGAGGACGGGGAUCGAGAGAGAGAAAGAGAGAGAGAGAGAGACAGAGAUAGAGAUACAAAGACAGCAAAUUGAUCGUUCGAGAUCAUGACGAUCUUGUCGAAGAAGAAGGCGAAUGCGCCGAAGGACAGGACGCGCGAGGGAGGCGCCGGACCGGAAGUCGACGUUCAUCAUGGGGUAGUGCAGAACGAGCACAGCUCCGGCAGCAUCGCGCUCCCGAACAGUCCUUAUCAGGUACGGGGCGCCAGCGGCUUCGCCGUCGAUCUGCACGGAGUCCAAAGCGAUCACGGAUCCCACAGCGGCUCCCUCGUGUUGACCGGCAGCUCGUACGAGACGAACGUCGACCGCCGCGAAGACAAACACUUUGAAGACGGGAGUGGCCCGAGUCAUGGUAAACGUCACAGACAGAGAGUCAGUCCCCACAGCUGUAUUGGUAGACCUUCGCGCACAAAGCGUGAACGGGAGAGGGAUAGAGGCAGGGAGAGGGAGAGGGAGAGGGAGCGCGAGAGGCAGGCUACUCCACCUGCUGCUUCUUGCAAUGGCUCGCAAGGCACUGAUACCAGCGUGAGCGGCAGAGUGAGCAUUGUCGGGAAUGCCUCGAACUUGGAACAUGAAUCGGCCAAUGGCUACAAUAGCGGGGACGAGUAUACAGGACAUACUGAAAACAAUCUUACGCUAGCCGAGUGGCAGGAGAAGGAUAGAUUGUUCGAGAAGCGCCUCAAGAAAAAGGGUUUUAUAUUGAAAAAGAUGGCGGAGGACGGAGCCUGCUUAUUUAGAGCGGUAGCAGAUCAGGUUUACGGCGAUCAGGAGAUGCAUGGAAUUGUGCGAAAGCACUGUAUGGAUUAUAUUGCUUCCAAUCAGGAAUUUUUCUCGCAUUUUGUGGCGGAAGAUUUUAGCACCUACGUAGACAGGAAAAGACAGGAGUAUGUGCAUGGAAAUCACAUAGAGAUGCAAGCUAUGUCAGAAAUGUACAAUCGUAGUAUCCAAUUAUAUUGUUAUAGCACUGAACCUAUCAAUAUUUUUCAUACUAUGGUGGAAAGUGAUAAUGAACCUAUCAGGCUGUCGUAUCAACGUGGUAGUCAUUAUAACAGUAUAGUUGAUCCAUUUAAAGCUACUAUAGGGGUUGGACUUGGUUUACCAUCGUACAACCCUGGCGCUGCUGAUCGCGCUCUGAUAUCAGACGCGGUUCGUCAAAGCGAGGAGCUGCAUAUCGAACAGACUAUGCUGGAGGAUAAGAUAAAAGCUACCGACUGGGAGGCGACUAAUGAAGCUAUCGAGGAGCAAGUAGCCCGUGAGAGUUAUUUGCAAUGGUUGCGUGAUAAUGAGAUGCGUAAGGCACGAUCAGCCAGUAGUAGCAGUACGAGCACAGUUACGAGCGCGCAACAUAAUCAUUCACACUUUCAUUCACAUGGAGGUCGUGGACAGCAGCGUAGCCAUACCUCUUCUCCGACCACGACACAAACUAGCCAAGAUAAUUUACGUAAUUCUCCAAAGGUGAGCGAUGCGGUACGGCACGCCAAGAGAUCGCCGCAACAUCAAUCGACGCAAGGAUCCAGCAUAUCCCAUCUGCCGUCGGAUUUCGAGGCGAAAAUGAUGCCGCAAGAGCCUGUGCCAGGAAGUAGCAAGGAGGCAAACGCGUCGCCCGACAUUUCUUUGUUCAAUCGCCUUCCACCCGAAGUGUUUGGUCUGACGGAUUGGGAAGAUAGCCAAAUACUUUCACAAGUGCUGGCGACGUCACAACAGGAGUACUUGGAUAGUCUGAAGCAGUCACGCGUGUCCGCGUCCGCCGGAAACGAUAGCGCCAAUACGAUAGAGUCUAGUAACAGUUCUAUUAACAAUUCUUGAAAUGCGGUCGGUAACGACAAAGUUCAAAAGAUAUCAGAGUAAAGAUAUAUACAUUUAUAUAUUGCAAUAUCAUCUAAUCCCGUAUUGUGCUAGGACAUAAAGCGAUUUGCUUUCUUAUUCGUGAGUAAAUGUUGCAAUAAUCACUAUUUGGUUUUCCUUCCUGUUUUUUCGCCUCUCUCAACAACACAUAACAUACGUAUGGGACUUGCUAUGAGUACAUACGUUAUAGUCCUUAGACGCUUUGUUAACAUUUACAAAGUAGCUGUGUAUCUUUGUUUCGUUGUGGGUACCUUUAUGUUGUCAUAGAAUCAAAAUAACGCAUCCUUUAAAAUUAUUAAUAGUAAAAAGACGAAGUUUCUUACCUAUCUUUUGGUUAUAAUAACCGCUGUUGCAACCUAUGUUAUACUCCUGCAGGUUUAACAUUUAUCUCACCAUAAAGUAUGCAAUCCGUUUAGGCAUAUAUAUAUAUACAUAUAUAUAUAUAUUGUUUGAUAAUCGUGAUGUUUUCUCUUGAUAUAGUUUAGGUCACAACGCUUUAGGAAAAUCUGCAUUGCAUUUGUAAAAAAAAGAGUAAAUAAAACAUCAUUUAAUUGUAA